CAAAACGGCGAAUUCUCAACACAGUAUGUUCCCACACACAGUAUGAUUAUCAAUUAUCAAUUCAUUAUCUUGGAUUAUACUAUUGAGAAUUGAAGGCUUCAAAACAUUGAUUUAUUUCGAAUCUCGAUUGGUAUUUUGUGGAGCUACAUGCCGAACAAAUAUUCUGAAUUGCCGAAAUGUCCCUUCCUCAGUUCUUCACUAGUUCACUAUUUCCCCGGAUUCGAUCUAAUCUACAACGUAUUCGUGUUUCUUUUCUCAUUCAUUAAUAAAGCUAGAUUUUCUAGGUUCACUACGAAAUAGAGAUAUUUGAACCUCGAAUCUUCAUCAUUCAACAACGAACGCCACAGCACUCAACAGUGUUACAUGAGAAAUAUAUGAGGCAAAACUGGCAAUCCAUUUGCCUAAAUUUCUCACAUCUCCAUUGCGUUCUGAAACGAAUUUCAACAACUAUUCAAACCUGUACUUAUCUGCUGAUCGAUACGAGCGAGUUGUGUGAAUAACUUCCGUAUCCAAGUUCCUACUGCGUAUUUCCUAAUCAUUUCCGAUCACCACCACAAUGCAAGAGCUUGAAGGUCGAGCUCUGUUUACGGCUGUGACAUCCUUAACAUGUCUUGGGUUCCUGCUCAUAGGAUAUGACAAUGGUCUGAUGGGAGGACUCGUUAAUGCAACAGGGUUCAAAGAUACAUUCAAAAAUCCUGACCCAACUAUCGUCGGAUUGAUCGUCGCUAUCUAUGAGGUGGGGUGCUUCCUCGGGAGUGUGGCCACAUCUUUGUUUGGAGAGAAUAUUGGAAGAAAAAGAUCAAUUGGAAUAGGAGUCGUGAUCAUGAUAAUUGGGGCACUACUGCAAGCAUCAGCAUACUCGAGAGCACAUAUAAUUGUUGCACGAGUGGUUUCUGGGGUUGGGAUGGGGUUUAUAAAUAGUACUGUUCCUGUUUUCCAAGCAGAGUUCAGUCCUAAAGCAACAAGGGGCUUGUAUGUAUGCAUGCAAUUAUCGACUUUGAAUUUUGGAAUAUUCUUAGCGUAUUGGGUCGAUUACGGCUUCACGCAAUCAUACACCGCCUCGUUUUCUUGGAGAGUACCGACGGUUCUUCAAUGUAUGUUCUUAGUACCAAUGCUUGGUUUACUCGCUAUAGUACCUGAAUCCCCUCGAUGGCUAGCUGCGCACGAGAAAACGGACGAAUCCUUGAAUGUCCUCGCUCGAUUACAUUCAUAUCACAUGACAGAGGAGCAAAUCAAAUCUUUACACAUAGACAUUGUCCGCACUUGCGAAUUUGAAGAAUCAUUAGGAACAGGCUCUUGGGGCGACCUGUUCAAAAAUGAUGCAAUCCAAUCACAGCGACGAUUCCUGAUCGCAUGCGCCAUACAAUCUUUCCAACAGCUAGGCGGUAUAAAUGCAUUGAUAUAUUAUUCCAAUACGCUUUUCUCGACUUCCCUAGGAUUCUCGGAUCAUCUCAGUGCGCUUAUGUCUGGGUUUCUCCAAACUUGGUUCUUUGCCGCGAGUUUUAUCCCUUGGUUACUUAUUGAUCGAGUUGGAAGACGCCCUCUACUUUUGUCAAUGAUUUCGCUCAUGUCAGCAGUAAUGAUUGUGCAAACGGGACUAAUCUAUAAUGUGCAAAAUAAUACAUCGAUCGCCAAAGGUUGUGGUAUUGGUGCUGCGGUGAUGUUGUUUAUUUUUGAAGGGGCUUUUACUGUUGGAUUCCAAGCGACAGUCUGGGUCUAUCCUUCCGAAAUCCUCCCUCUCCGUCUUCGCCAACGCGGUUCCUCGGUUUCAACAGCAUGCAACUGGAUUUUCAAUUACAUGAUUGUGCAAGUUACUCCGAUCGCAUUGAACAAUAUAGGAUAUAAAACCUACAUAAUAUUCGGGGUACUGAAUGCGUGUUGGAUCCCAAUCAUAUAUCUCUAUUUCCCCGAAACAAAAGGAUUGGAAUUGGAAGAUGUUGAUAAAAUCUUUGAGGGAAGUCAUGAAGUAAUCGAGACAUUGAGUGGUUUAGAGACAGGUGAUGAGGAGUUUGAAGGAGUAAGUGCAUCGGAUGAGGAGGGCAGAAAUACCAGUCAUGAGAAUCGCAGUGGAGGCGGGAGUGGUAGUGGCAGUAGUCUCGUCAAUCAGAGAAAAUUGGGUACUGAUCAUGGGAAAGGGACGAAGGAAGAAAUAGAGCGCGUGACGAGCGAAGAACAUCCUUGAACCAAUGGGUGCUGAGAUGGAGCUGGGGAUGAAGAUUGGGUUCGAGUUCGUGUAUGUCCGUGUAACCUUUCAGUACGUAAGUAAAUGGAUGGACGAGUGGCUUUUGUAUGAAUACCCUUUUUGUGGCUUGGAAACUCAGGCAUAGAAAUUUUAUCACGCGAAGUUCUUUAUGAUGAGACAAGCGGAAAUGAGACGGGGGCAUGAGCAGACUGUAGCGGUGAGAAACUGUAAAGCUAUUGAAAUCUUGACGCACAGAAAAAUACAAGAACUUCAUAGAGUCUGCGAGAAUGAAAUCUUACCGGAUCUCUUCUGACGACUCUAUGCCAAGGAUUUCAGUUCAAAAUCUCCUUCUCUGUGUCAAGCUACAUGUUUAUUGGGGCUUGUAUGAUUAUUUUGGUCAUCUAAUUAUGAAGCUACCUGAUUCUAAGCA